AUGGCAGACAACUCAGAAGUCCACUCAGAUCUUGCAAGUGUCGAUACUGGUGUCGAUAUGAAUGGCGACGGCAAAAGUCAGCUCCGAAAUAUCACAGCGCAGGCGACCCUUAAGUAUUCAGUCAAAGAUUACAAUGCUGCUGCAGAGCUCUAUUCCCAAGCAACCGAGCUACAAGCUGAGAUCAACAGCGAACUAUCGUCAGAAAACGCCGACCUACUUUAUGCGUACGGGCGAUGCCUCUAUCAUGUCGCGGUAAAAAACAGCGACGUGUUGGGCUCCAAGGUUGGCGGUGAGAGACGCGAAGAGGGCCACAAGACGCCGGGCAGCAAGAAGCAGAAAAGGCAAGAAGCGAUCGACGAAGCCGAUGGGCAGCAAAAGAGGAUCGCCGAAGAGGUCGUGACAAAGGUUGUUGAAAAAAAAGAUGCCUCGAUUCAGCCAGGCGAAGAAGCAGAGAGAAGCAAACCAUACUUCCAGUUCACAGGCGACGAAAACUUUGAUAUAGCGGAUGAGGAGGAGGAAGAAGUUGCAGAAGCAGACGCAGAUGACGCCGAAGACGCUGACGAGGAAGAUGACUUCGUCAAUGCCUAUGAGGUACUCGAUCUAGCGCGCGUGCUGUUGUUAAAAAAGCUCGAGGAAAUUGAGAACAGCAGUGGCAAAGGAAAUGAGAAAGGCGAGUUGCAACGAGUCCAGCAGCUCAAGGAACGUCUCGCAGAUACCUACGACCUCCAAGCUGAGAUAUCACUUGAAGGAGAAAGAUUCCCCAAUGCGGUCGUGGACCUCAAAUCUGCGCUGGAACUGAAAAAGGGACUCUUCCCACAAGAAUCAAGCCUUGUAGCAGAGGCCCAUUUCAAGCUAUCUUUGGCUCUAGAAUUUUCGUCUGUAACGCAGCAGAAAAACGAAAACGGAGAAGUGGAAUCAAACACUGACGCACAUGUUGAUGAAUCAAUGAGAGAGGAAGCAGCUCAAGAGAUGGAGGAAGCCAUUGCCAGUUGUCGGCUGAGGAUCGAGAAAGAGGAAGCGAUGCUUUUUGAUCCACCCGAAGCUGGUGAAGAUUUUGGAAAUCCUAAAGUCACGAAGGGAGACAUCUCUGACGUGAAAGAAAUGAUCGAGGAGAUGGAACAGCGGCUCGUCGAACUUCGCCAACCCCCCGUAUCUAUCAACGAUCCAACCGGUAUGGGAACGAUUGAUGGCUCAAAUCCCCUCAGCGGCAUUCUAGGAUCCAUCCUCGGCGAGUCUCCAGCAGCUCAGAAGGCGAGGUUAGAGGAGGCGUCGAAAGGUGCAAAAGACUUGACUAACCUUAUCAAGCGGAAGAAGCCAGCGGAAAGCGAAGCGUCCAAGGCUUCUGAAUCUCGUAGCAUUCAGAGCAAUGGUAAGAGGAAGGUUGAUUUCAGAGACGAACUCGAAGAGGUGAGCAUUGGAAAGAAAGCGAAGAUCUCCGGCGACGCCGAGGAUUGA